AUGGAAAAACAAAAUAUUUCACAAAGUGUUGGUGUUAUAGGAAUAGAAGAAAAUAAAGCUUACUUUCAUACAGCAACACAUAUUAAUAUUAAAUCCACAGAUGUUGACAAUUUAAUUCAAAUAUGUAAAGAUAGUAUUGACGCAAAUAUUGAAGCUUAUCAAGAAGCUGGAAGUGCAUGGUAUUUUAAAGAAGUUGAUAAACUUGAAAUUCAUACUGUUGAAUAUAAUCCAACGAAUGGUUCCUCAUACAUACCUCUUCCUGAUUGGAUAUCAAAUAAAAAAGCAAUAGUUAAUAUUCAAAACAAAGAUGAAAAAUGUUUUCUUUGGUGUAUACUAAGAUAUCUUCAUCCAAGAGAAGAUAAUGAUUAUCGAUUAACAGAUUCGAAAAAGUAUGAAAAUUCUCUUAACACUAAUGGAAUUACUUUCCCUAUGAAAUUAAAAGAUAUUUCCAAAUUUGAAAAACUUAAUCCAGAAAUUCCAGGAAUUAAUGUUUUUUCAGUUAACGAAAACAAAAUAUUUUACCCUUUGAAAAUGACAGAGAAAGACUGUAUAAAUACUAUUGACUUAUUUUUAUACGAAGAAGAUGGUGUUUCACAUUAUUCGCUAAUUAAAAAUUUUAAUCGUUUGAUUAAGUCUCAAAAAACCAAAAGUAAGGAAAAAAUAUUUAUUUGUAAAAAGUGCUUUACUCAUUACACUAAAGAAGAAUUAUUAAAAAAACAUAUCUUAUAUUGUUCAAAUAAAGAAACAGUGGUUGUCAAAAUGCCUGAACCAAAAACAAUGUUAAAUUUCAAAAAUUACUACAAACAACUUCCUAUUCCUUUUGUAGUUUAUGCAGAUUUUGAAUGCUUUACUAAACCAUUAAAUAAUUGCAGCCCUAACCCAGAGAAUUCUUAUACUUACAACUACCAAAAGCAUGAACCUUCAGGAUUUUGUUUGUAUAUUAAGGGAAUAGUACCAAAUAUAACAAUUAAACCAAUUAUUUAUACAAAAAACAAUAAUGAUGAUAAUGUAGCUGAGAUAUUUGUAAAUAAACUUGAAGAAGUAACUAAAAGUAUUUAUAACGAUUUUUAUAUUCAACCAAAACCUCUUCGUUUAACAAAAGAAGAACAAAUAUCAUUUAAUAAAGAGAAUUUUUGCCACAUUUGUGAGAUGGAAUUAGAAACUGACAAAGUUAGAGAUCAUUGUCAUUUUACAGGAAAAUACCGUGGAGCUGCACAUAACAAAUCUAAUCUUAAGUGUAGGAAGCCAAUGAUUCUUCCAGUUAUAUUUCAUAAUCUUCAAGGUUAUGACGCACAUUUGUUUAUAAAGCAACUUGCUUGUUUACAAGGUGAUUUAAACUGUAUUCCAACAACAGAGGAAAAAUAUAUUUCGUUUUCGAAAAAGAUUAAAGUUGAUGAGUAUAAAUCUAAAAUUACUGGAGAAAUGGUUUCAUUGAAUUUUGAAGUACGAUUUUUAGAUUCAUUCAAGUUUCUUCAAACAUCACUUGCCAAUCUUGUUUCAAAUUUACAACCAGAAGAUUUUCAUAAUACAAAUCAUGUAUUUAAGAAGAAUGUAGAUUUACUAACUCGUAAGGGAGUUUAUCCUUAUGAUUAUGUUUCCUCAUUAGAAAAAUUAUCUGAAAAAAAUCUACCUCCAAAAGAAGAAUUUUACUCCUACUUAAAUGAUGAAGGUAUAUCAGAAGAUGAUUAUCAACAUGCUAUUAAUGUUUGGAAUACUUUUAAUUGCGAAUCAAUCAGAGAUUAUCACGAUCUUUACUUAAAGUCUGAUGUUUUACUUUUGGCAGAUGUAUUUGAGAAUUUUAGAAAAACUUGUCUCCACCAUUACAAUCUAGAUCCAGCACAUUAUUAUACAUCUCCCGGUCUAGCAUGGGAUGCUUGUCUAAAAGAAACAGGUCAAGAAUUAGAACUAUUGUAUGAUUAUGAUAUGUUAAUGAUGUUUGAGCAAGGUAUUCGUGGUGGUAUAACACAUAUAUCAAAACGAUAUGCAGAAGCGAAUAACAAAUAUAUGAAAGAUUACAAUCCUGAUAAAGAGUCUAGUUAUAUACAAUAUCUCGAUGCAAACAAUCUUUACGGUUGGGCAAUGUCUCAACAACUACCAACACAUGGAUUUAAAUGGAUGCGUGAUUUAACAAAAGAAACUGUAAUUGAUAUUUUGGAGAAAAAAAAUCAUAGUAUGUCAAAUCUUGGAAAAAAAGGUUAUAUAUUUGAAGUAGAUCUGGAGUAUCCUGAAAAACUAUGGACAUCACAUAAUGACUAUCCUCUAGCACCUGAGAGAAUGAUUGUUAAUGGUGUGGAAAAACUUAUUUGUCAUUUUAAACCAAGAAAAAACUAUGUUGUACAUUAUAGAAAUCUAAGACAAUAUCUUGAAAUGGGAAUGAGAAUAACUGCUGUUCAUAGAGGAAUAUCAUUUUAUCAGUCUUCUUGGAUGGAACCAUAUAUCAGAAAAAAUACUGAACUUAGAAUGCGUGCAGCCAACAAUUUUGAGAAAGAUUUUUUCAAAUUAAUGAAUAACUCCGUUUUUGGAAAGACAAUAGAAAAUAUAAGGAAAAGACAAAAUAUACAUCUUAUAGAUAAUCGUAAAAAAGCUUUAAAAUUAACAAGUCGUCCAAACUUUGAAAGAGCAACAAUAUUUGAUAAAAAUCUUAUUGCAGUACAUAUGAAAAAGACUGAUAUUUAUUUUAAUAAACCAGUAUAUGUUGGUCAAGCAAUUCUAGAUUUAUCAAAAACACUAAUGUUCAAUUUUCAUUACACAUACAUUAAAGAGAAAUAUAAAAAUAAAGUAGAAUUAUUGUUUACAGAUACGGAUAGUCUUAUUUAUCUAAUUAAUACAAAAGAUUUUUACAAAGAUAUAAGUCCUGAUAUUUUAACCAAGUUUGACACAUCUGAUUAUCCUCCUAAUCAUGAAUCUGGAAUACCAACAGGAUUAAAUAAAAAAGUUAUUGGAAUGUUUAAAGAUGAAGUAGCUGGAAAACAGAUAACACAUUUUGUUGGAUUGCGUCCCAAACUUUAUAGUUUUAAAAUUGAAGAGGAUAGGGAAGUUCGUAAAUGUAAAGGUAUAAAGAAAAAUGUUGUAAAAAAGAAAAUAGAUUUUGAUGAUUAUGUUAAAUGUCUAUUUUCAGGUGAGAAAGAAAUGAGAAGUAUGAAAAUAAUAAGAAGUGAAAAACAUGAUAUAUAUUCAAAGGAGGUAAACAAAGUAGCACUAAGUAAUGAAGAUGAUAAGCGCAUUGUUUUAGAGGAUAAAGUGCAUACUUUGGCUUUUAGAUAA